AUGUUGCCAUUUCGAGGAGGAACGGAGGAAGCAGCAUCGCCGGCGUCACCGCAGCAACAGCACCUGGAGAGCGGCGCCAACAGCAGCAAAGCGGCGGGAUACUCGGGAGGAGAGAGCUUCAGCGGCAACUCUGCCGAUUCCGACGGCCAGAGGAAGAAAAAGCUGCCGGCGCGCCAACAACGCGCAGCACCUUCUCGGAAGGAAGGCGUCGAGGGGCACUACACGCCCUCGGUCAAGGGACAUUACACGCCCGCGGUGGGGACGAGACCCCGCGAUCCGCGUAAAGCAAAGUCACAGCGCGCCGGCGCCGUCGGCAGCAGCAGCAGCAGCAGCAAGGAUGCCUACAAGAUCCCCAAAAAUAGCGGGAGCAGCUCUCGAGGACAAGACUCCUACACCAUCCCCAAGAAGACCGGCGGUACUUCCAGACCCCAAACCAAAAUCGUUUACAGCAAGAGCGAAUUGAGGAUGUACGGGGAUGCCCAGCGUAGCUCCGAGAGAACGGACCCACGCGAGAGCCGGUCGGGAGAUGCAAACGAUUUCCGUCGCUCCGACGGCUCGGGCGGGCGCGUUGGUGCGGGCGAACGGCCGCCAGAGAAAGACGAUCGACGCUUCUCUUCCCGCGAUAACAACUGCAGUCGCGACGGCCGCAACGACAGGGACAAAGACCGGCGUUACGCGAGCGGCGGUGGCGACCACAAGGAUGGUUCCCGCCGUCAGGCGAGGGAUGACGGCGCCGGCCGUUGGUCGAACGACGGAAGCGAGAGGUACGGAAGAAGCCGGGAACACGAAGAGAACAACCGACGCGGGAGCGGUCGUGACAGGCAGAAGCAGAGGGCCGGGAAGUCCUGCCCUCCCCCUAGCGCUGAGAAACGACGUGACGCGAGCGCAGGUGCUCGCGCUACCACGGCGUUGAUGUCACCGGAACAGGAACGAGACGACGAGAUUGCCGAGCUCGCUAGCCAGCUCACGGCUCUUGAGAUAGACGCGGGCAAGGGAAGCGUCGACGACGAGGGCAAGGAGAAGGUGGCCAACGGCGGCGAUGCGGGGAAGGGGAAGGCAUACCUGUCGCUGGAGGAGUACAAAGAGGCCACCGCGUCAGGAGAGAUCAAGCCGUACAAGGGCACAAAGUACCAGACGGUGGACGACCGCUACGCCGACGGCUGGGCCUAUAACCCCACAACCCGCCGCUGGAUCAAGGUCGCCUGCCAGGAAAAGAAGGAUGCCAUAGAGGCCCUCCCAGCACUCCUCGCGAGAUUGGAGCUAAUGGAGAGCAGAGACAAGCUAGCGACCCAGCGAUCCCAGCUACUAGAGACGAAGGUCGAAGAGAUCAAGAAGAAGAAGGACACAGUUUCUCUGGCGAUGCCGACGGCUCCUGUGCUGGUAGCGUUCGACACGAACUGGCUCAUCCACCGGCUUGCCGAUACCAUGUGCCGCGUGAGCGACAUCGCGGGCAGGCAGAAGGACACCUCCGUCCUCAUACCCAAGGCGGUGUUGACCGAGCUGGACAGGCUCAAGACUCGCGGAAGAGACGAGGCUACUCGCUCCAGCGCGCAGAAGGCCAACCGAUACUUCCGAGGUCUCGUCGAAAAACCUCUCGAGCGCGGAAGGGAAUUCCCCGUCGUUCGCGUCCAGGAAGACACGGAGCUUUUCCGGGACAACGGACAUCACAGUAGGCCCGAGGGCCUCGGCGGCGACGACUCGAUUCUCAACUGCUGCAUGUUCUUCACGCAAGGAAUCGACACGCCGCGCAAGGUGACCCUCGUCACCGGCGACAACAACUUCGCCAUUCGCGCCACCGCGCACGGGUUGACGACCACUGGCCGUCCGCAAUGCGAUCCUGGGCAUUGCCGCAUGCCCCUCUGCCCUGCCCCUCCCCGCCCUUCCCCGUUCUCGCGCGGCUAUUGAUGAGAGAAGGCACCAUAGGUGAAGUAAUGUAUCAUGUCUCUCUCCCUUUGGACCGUUGCCGCCUGAUGUUUCCACGACCGUACUAGGUAGGGAUCGGCACCGAAGGGUAGGGUUCGUAAUCAAUCACGACUUCGGCAUUCGAGAAAUCGAUCGCAGUCAUUUGAUUUCCCCACCCCACUCAUGUUAGCGCUAGUCGGAAGGCGGGGGUGCCACUGUCGGAUGGGCCAUGACUUGAGACGAUCACGGCCUUUGUACCGUGGUACGACACCCCUCAUGUGCAAUGCCAUGGAAGAGUUGUUGUGGGGGCGGGACUUGGUGUGUUCUCCGUCGUUCUGUUGUUACGUGAGGGUGAUUUGGGGCAAGCAUUGCCGAACAAACGAACGAGUUGGCGUCUGUUUGCCUGCUUCAGUACCCAUUGUUUUCGGGCUUAGUGGCGUUCACCAUGUCUCUCUGGCCCUUGUGCCGCCGCCCUGUGUUGUUUUUUCUGAGGAUGAACAUAUCGGAAUGGUGAUGUGAUGCAAUGUACCUUGUUUUCGGAGACGAUAUUUGGCGAGAGCCGUCUUGGAGACGGGCCCUCUUCAACGCAUCAAAAUGGGUCAUAUUUGAUAGCCUAGCCAGAUCAUCAUGACUUAGAUGAUCAGUGCUGUUGUGUUACGGCAGACGGGGAGAGAGGAGUGAUUGGUGCGUGUUUGUACCUGGGCUCGUACCUGGGCAAUUGCAUUUUUGAAAACCUAUUGAUUGCAAAUGAUUUGCAUGGAUGAUCGCAAAACGUGUGUACUCGCUGUGAGAGACUGGUUAGAUUUAUCGCUAAAGGGCGAGUCUCACCUUUCGAGUUUUUUCGCAUUCGCUUGUGUUUCCCUGUAUCAGGUCAAUUCUGCGUAUUUUCUUCAUGCGUAUCCGAUGUCGAACAAAUAAAAAUAAAAAUAAAUCGAAAUAUCUGGGCCUCGGAACUGGUACAAUCGCCCUUUCCUUCCACUUCACAAGUGUUGGCAACACCUGUCCAUUGUACAUAGUUCGCGACACCUCCGUUACAGCCAAGACUGAAAGAUUUGGGGUGAUAGUGUUUUAUGGGGUACCAGUUACCAGGGAUGGAUAUGCGUUUCUGGUGCAUACAAACUAGCGGUGGUUCAUCGUGGUUAUAUACUGCUGUGGUGGAUAAUGCGGUAUAUUUCUGUGAGGUGCAUGCGAGGUGCAUAGUCACACAUGGCUGUCUGCCCAUCUGCCGCCUCUUUGUUUUGUUCUGUUGCCUCCAUUACUCCCAUGCCCUGGUGCGUAGUGCCUGAUGCUGGUACGGUACCCUUUGAUUUUUUUAGGCGGGUGUGGGAAGCGUCCUCCUUUUUCCCUGUUUCCCUUUUUAUUUUUGCCGUUAUUUUUGUUUUGUUUUAUUUUGAUCGGUUUCCUAGGGCUCCUUUUCUCGACCGGUCGGUGC